GCUAAUUCUCGGCCAAUGUCUGCUUGGACACAAGCGAGUGCCUGUCAGUCCACAGCGAGCAACGCACAGAGAAUAUAACAUACCGUUUGGGUCAGUGUGGCUCUGUAGAAACCGUCGUGCAGAAAAAAGAACCCGUAUAAAAACGGAAGCGGAAGCAAAAAUUCAUUGUCGGUAUAAAAAGUUGAAAUAACGAGGCCGGAGAGUGCACAAAUCAUAGCUACUGUGAUACCCUGCGACGUCUAUCAAUCGGACUACUGUUAUGGGGGUGGACAAAAUGAGCAGUAAACACAGCUUCCUAUUAUUGUUCAUCUGCGCACUGCCCGCCAACGCUAGUUCCAGGAUAUCCAGGUAUUGCACCAUUACCCACAGUGUGCUGAGAAGAACAAAUACACAGGAAGCCUGUGGUGAUCAAGAUACUACUCUAGAGGCAAGCCAUCUCCCUUUGUUAUCAGACUUGUCUGGAAUAUGCAGAUUAGAUGCCCAAAAAAUCGCAGAAGCCUCGACCGAUAAAACGUACCUCAGUGCCAAUGAAAGUAAUCGAAAAAUACUCCUUAUCGGGAUGUCUACUAACUCAAGGACAGACAAAGUCCGGUAAGCUGAUAAAUUGUAACGACGUGCCGGACCCUAUA